AUGAGUACUCCAUCUCGACGUUCACCAAGUCAACCGAGCUAUGAUCCCAACCUUGUAGAGGUCAAAUCAAAGUUUGAGUGUGAAUUUCGACGUUUUAGUGUUAAUCGAACUCAACUCACACAAUAUGAUGAAUUCAAUGCUCUUGUAAAAGAAUCACAUGAGCUACCUUCAGAUAUGCAGUACUUAUCAUACACAGAUCCAAGAAACGGUGACCUCCUACCAAUUACUAAUGAUGAAAAUAUGAUUAGAGCAUUUGUCACAGCUAUGCCAUUACUAAAGUUAUUUGUUUACAGAGAACAAGGUGAGAUAUUGUGUCCAAUAUUAGGGUUUAGUUUGAUGUUCUUACUACAAUAACUUAACAAACUCUGUAGAGAAAGAAAAAAAAUAAAAGUCUUUUUAGUGAAAGCAAUCAGAAAAGUUGGAUCUAUAGUUGAUGCAGACUUGUUACCUGACACAGUUAGAAGAGUCAAGUUGGUUAAACAAUCAACUGAUCGUCCUCUUGGUUUCUAUAUUCGUGACGGUACCAGUGUCAGAGUUACUCCGUAUGGUUUAGAAAAGGUUCCUGGAAUAUUCAUAUCUCGUCUGGUUCCUGGAGGAUUGGCAGAAGGUACUGGACUGUUAUCAGUCAAUGACGAAAUUAUUGAAGUUAAUGGUAUAGAAACCUUAGGAAAAUCCUUAGACCAAGUAACGGACAUGAUGGUAGCAAAUAGUCAAAACCUUAUAAUUACAGUGAAACCUUCUACCCUCCCUCCGACAACCCCUCGUUCAAAUACUGUAGCAAGAAGUCGUAAAGGUUCUCCUCCUCCAAAAAGUAAUCGAAGCUCAGCUUCAGAAUUCCCACGGCCAACAAAGGGAGACCGAUCGACACCAUCUAGACAGCAGAGUACCCCAGAAACCCUUAAUGGUACGAGUAAUGGUCCUAUGAAGGAUUUGACAAAGAAGAGGUACUCAGGAACAUGA